CCGUGGUGCAGUUCGGCGGCGGCGGCGGCUCGUGGCGAUGCGGGGCUCGGGCGGGACGCGGGAACGGGACGGGCCCGGGCUGGGCGGCUGCGGCUUCGGGCCUGCCCCCGCUGCCUGCCCCUGGGGCUGCACGCCCGGCCCCGCUGGCUGGAGCGGCGCACCCUUCUGCCCCCGGCACCGAAUGUCCAGCUUCGGCGACUUCUCGGUGGCGUCGCAGGGCCCCUCUCCGCCGGUGAUCAAGUACAAGUCGGGGGACGUGUGUCUGCUCUGGGACGGCGAGCCCGGGGUGGAUUAUUACCAGCUGCAGGAUGACGAUGAUGAUGAAAAUGACGAUGAGGAUCACGAUGAGGACGAGUUGGACGCAGGUUUCCAGUUCUUGGACGUUCCCUUCGCGGAGGGCUCCGUUCCCUACAGCUACUGCGGCUUCCGCAAGUCCUUCCUGUGCUGGGAGCCGUCUCCGCAGCUCCCCCGGAGCUCUCCCACCGCCCUGGAUGCGCGGCUAGACCGGCUGCCCACGCCCCGCCACACCUGGCUCACGGCAGAGGAAGCCGAGAGGAACGCGCAGGAGCUGGUGGCGGAGGAGGAGCGGGCGAAGAGGAAGGCGGAGAAGAAGAAGCAGAAGAAGAAGAAACAAAAAGACCGGAAGAAACAGGAGAAAGUGGGUCAAAAGAAAAUGAACAAAAAGAACAAAAAGAACACUGACCCAAGCCCCCCAAGUGGCCCUGCAGGCACUGGGCCCCCCCAAAAUGGUGCUGAGGAUGAGGGAUGCUGCCCAGAGCCCUCCCCAUGCCCUGGGGACUCCAGAGACCCCUCGGGGGAGCCUGAGACGGAGGACACGGCAGUGACAGAGGAGGAGCUGGACCUGAGCUGCACUUUUGUCUGCAAAGCACGGGAGAAGGCGAAGGUCCGGCUGCCACCCCCAGGCAGUGACCGCUCCCCUGGGACACAGAGCGUGGAGCCCAGCAGGAAGGUGCCAGAGAAGGGGGGUGGGGAGCCUGUGGAGAGACCUGUGCCCCCCCAGCCCCUCCAGCCCAGGCCGCCCAGCCCCAGCACGGUAGAGCAGAGCCUGGCGCUUGCAGGCCAUGGCAUCGAGGCAGCCCAGAUGGGCCAGCACACCGAGGCCGUUUGGGCUUUCACUGUCGCCCUGGAGCUGAACCCCCAGGAGCACCGGCUCCUGGGGAACCGCUCGUACUGCUUGGAGAAGCUGGGCCGCUACAAGGAGGCGCUGGAGGAUGCGGAGGCGGCGCUGGCGCUGCGGCCAGGAUGGCCCAAGGGCUCCUUCCGCAAGGGCAAGGCCCUGAAGGGGCUCCAGCGCUACGCCGAAGCCGUGCACACCUUCGAGGAGCUGCUGCGGCAGGACGGGGCCUACACUGAGGCAGCCACGCAGCUGAAGGCCUGCCGGGCCCUGCUGCAGCAGUGUGGCAGCCCUGGCAGUGUCCCCUUCCUGCUCAAGGCGAAGGAGCCGCUGUGUCUCCCUGCGGGAUGGACGACCAGGAGCUGCCAGGACAAAGGUGACACAAGCGUGAAGGAAAGCAGCGCAGGGACCCCCAAGAGAAACCCGGGACAGGGACCUGCUGUGGCCAGUGGCCACCCAACACUGCCACCGAGCCACCCUGCCAGGGACUGCUUCCCGCUCUGGGUGGGCAAUGUCACCUCCCACAUCAACGAGAAGGUGCUGCGUGGUGCCUUUGGCCGGUUCGGGGAGAUCCGCUCCGUGCGGCUGCUCCCAGGACGCCACUGUGCCUUCAUCAACUUCUCUGGGAAGGCGGAGGCCGAGGAGGCCUUCAGGGCCAUGCAGGGUGCCACCAUGGAGGGCAGCAAGCUGUUGCUGCAGCUCAAGCACCCGGUUCACGCCACCCCGGCCCCCGUGCCCCGUGCCAAGGGCAGGGCCACCCCCGGGGGGCUCAGUUGACCCUGCUCCAUUGGGGGGGCUCCCAGGGCCACCCCCGGGGGGCUCAGUUGACCCUGCUCCAUUGGGGGGGCUCCCCCUCACCUGCCUGUACCUGCCUGUGCCUUGUCCCCCACUGCCAGGGGUGGGAGUGUCUCCCCCUCCUGCCUUGGGGGUGCUGGGGGUCAGGGCCCACCCUGCAGCCCAUUGUGCUGAGAGGGUGGGCCCGUUCCCUGUGACCCCUCAGGGAUUUGUACCAAUUUGGGUUUUUUUUUUUUAAUAAAUCAGAGAUUUGUUUU